CUUUCUCUCCGGGCAGUGAUCGGUCAGGCAGCGAUGUGGCUGCCGCUCCUGUGCCUCACGUCCGUCCUGGCACACAUCUACUGUAAGGAGGUAGUUGGCAUCGUGGGAGAAAAUUUUACUUUUCCAGUACAAGCAGACCAAAAAAUAGUGGAAACUGUCUGGAAGAAAAACAAGGAUAAAGUGGCUGAAUGGGAAGCGCAAAACAAACCGACAUAUUUUGGUCCUCUCAGCAACAGGAGUGUACUUAUGGAGAAUGGAUCCUUGACUAUAAUUAACUUGGAGAAGGAUGAUGCUGGCACAUAUGAGUUACACUACUGGGAUUCUGUGAAAGAUCAGUACUCUAACUUUGUACUUGUUGUGUUAGAUUCCCUUCCAGAACCUGAAACAAGUUGCAACACCAGUGGUGGUGAACUUGUAUUAAACUGUAUAGCACAUUUCCAGAGACCUCUGAAUUAUUCUUGGAAGCUCAGUAAUAAUCCACACAGCUAUCAGAACCAGAAGCUUUCCAUCCCUUUGGAGAAUGUUGAUACUACCACCAAAGCUACAUGUAUCAUUAAAUUUUCACAAACGGAAAGAAGCUCUGAAAUCUCUUUGAAUCAAUGUGUUCCAGAAGGAAAAGGAGACAGUUCUCAUGGAAGAAACAGAGGUGGUCUUUUAGGAGCUUUUGUCCUUACUGCAGCUGUUAUCCUAGUAUUAAGCCUAAUAUUCCUGCACAGGAAAGGUAUAAUUAAACUUAAAACAAGAAGAAGGACUUCUCAGAAUAAGAAUCCAGUGAAUGGAUCAGGAGAACAUGAGCAGCUUUUCCCUGGGAACAGCCAACAACAGCCUAACUCAGAGGGAGAAGUGACUCAGGAUGCAGGAGGUGGAAAUGGGGAGCCCCUGAACAACUCUUCCAGCUGCAAUAAAGAAGAUGUUAAAGCAUAAGCAAAUAAUUGCUUUGUUGCCCAAAAAAUAUGGAAGAGAAGCAGUAGAAUUCAGUGAUGAAGGAGGUGCCACCUUUUCCCUUGAAGGGCUUCCACAAGCAAUGAAGUGGUCAGAGCUUUGUCAAGACACACUUUGAACACAGGCUGAACUGUUUCCAGUACCUGUUUUUCUUUCCUCAGGAAGGAGAGCCUCAUUUUCUAGUGCUACUAUUUGAAGACAAAUAGGCCAAAUCAUGGACAAAAUAUUUUGAAUUGUUUUGUAUAUGGUUUUAACAAACAGUGCCCUACUAACACACCAAACCUUUUUGUAGUUGAUAUUAAGAGAUUUACAAAGUUUUAUAUAUUUGCAUGAAUGUGGACAAAUCAAAAAUGGAUCAGCUUUCUACACACUUUUUUAUCAGUGCCUUUUUGCAAUCAGAAAAAAACCUCCAUCCUUCAACAGGCCCAGAUAGGUGGAAGGUUGCAUUUUCUAGUCUUGGUUCUAGACAAAGCUAUGUCCUGUAGUUGCCGGAUGCCUGGCAAAUUGAUCAUCUCCUCACUCAAUUUCAGCUCAUUGUUGCACUGGAACAAAGCUGCUAUUAACAACAGUUUUGGGCUUUUCCUAAAGCUUUUUAUAUUUUUUUAACUUUUAAGACUUUUCUUUUUAAGCCUUAGCUCUUUACAUUUUUCUAAGAAUGUCAGUUCACUUCUACUCAUUUGUAGGAAAUAAUUGUAUGUUUUUAAGUUGCUUGAGACUAGAACAAAACCUUGAAAACUGAGAUAAUUUAUAUAAUGAAGCUCAAAAACAAUCAAAAAGAAAACCACCAUGCAUUAAUGUGUAAAGAACAUCAAGCUAUGGAGUGUUUUUCUUUACAUGUACAUGCUGAUUGUUCAGUUGAAAGCCAGUUUAUUUUUAACUUGGUAUGUGUAAAGAAUCAUGAAGUUUUGACACGGGUAACCAAAGAUUAAGAAGCUUCAGCUUUCCUCUUGUUUCAACUUAUGCCCUUUCCACUCCCACAAUUUCUUCUGCUGCUUGGAGCUGUACUGCAUGAGUGUACAGAUUGUUCACUGUACAGUGUACAAAAGUUCAAAAGUCUGGUUGGACUAGAACUUUUACCUCUACUGCUGUCUGUAAAUAUUUAUAAUUUAUUAUGAAAAUACUCAAGAUGUAAGAAACUUUGUCAUGUCUAUUUGUAAUAUAUACAUGCAAUUUUUAUUUAUCCUUAAGAGUUACUAACUGAUCCCAAAAUAAUCUUAACCCAAAGUGAUGUAUUUUAUAUGUUUUUUCAUUUGUUUGCUUUGUUUGUUUGUUGUUUUUUGGGGGUCAGUAUUCCUAACCCAAGUGUCCUUCUCCAUUCCACCUUGAAUGAAUUUAUCAGGAUAAUGCUGUCUUAAUAACUUUUUAACAAGUCUCCACACAAAGAUAUUUUUUGUCAUGGUUAUUGUGGUAAAAGUAAACCUGUAGUUUGUUUGCCUCCUUGGGCAAAGUCCUAUUUUCUGUUAUUAAUGUAAGAAAUAUUUGUUUAAAAAUGACUGGUGUAACUGUCUGAAAUUGCUGCCAGAAACUUUGCCAUUUUGUGUAAUGCAUUCAUCCCGUGCAAUUUAAUACUAAACAACACAGAAAGGUCUCACAUAGUGUGGUUUUGAAAAUUCUUUGACACUUGGUAUAACUGACAUUGUUUCCAAAGCAAGAAGCAACAUCCUUCAAAAAUAGUAAGCAGUUGUGGUUAAUUAAAGUUGCUGGAAGUCUUAAGACUGGUUUGUGGAAUUUUGGAGCUUGAUAGAAGUAGAAAAACCCAUUUACAUGGCAGGCUGAUGUAAGAGCAAGAACUACGGGCUCUACAGUCUCACACUGCCAGCUUUUACCCUUUUACCUUGCACAGUUUCUUCUGUGCGUGAGAAAUUUCUGGUAGAACAGCAAACUGCAGUUUUCAAAGUAACAGUGAAGCUUUGUUUUUUAUUAUUGGUAUGGUUGUUUCUCUGGGUUUUAUGAGGGGUAGUUUUGGUUUUGGUGACAGUAUUUGCAAUGCCAUUCCCUAUGUCCUUCUCUUCAAAUGUCUCCUCAGUAACUAAAGAAUAAACAAUUUUUUUCUGAGAAAA